AUGCUUUUACUCACCAAAACCAUCCUCUUCUACUGGGACUUCCUUGAUGUACAAUCUAGCUCUGCAAAGGGCAAUAUUGCAGGAAUUGGAAAGGUAAAGGACUGGGCAGAGAAACUUUUGAGCAGCAAGGCCAUCCACUCUCCAAAAGUCAGUGCUUCCAGCACAUCGCAUUCCUGUGCUUCUUCACUUUUGAAUGUGACAUCCUUUGGGGUCAAAGGGAGCACAAGGUCUACUCAUUCAAGUGCCACUCAACCACUGCCCACUCCUGCAAGUGUCAGCAGUAGAGUUGUGCCUGUUUCAUACCUGGGUGAAGACAGUGAAUUGGCAGAGUUCAGGAACUACACACAGGAAAGCAUCAGUAAGGGAAGCAAUGCCAGUACUAGGGUAUCCAUUGCAGUGAUCAACAAUGUACAUUCCCCAUCCAUCAGCCCACCACCCCCAUCCCAACCACACAUCAUUGCCAAAACUGCAGUGUCAGCAAAGCCUGUGAAGAGUGAGCUAUCGAUGUAUUAUGACAGGUUGAGCUCAGAUAAGGAGGUGAUUGAAGUAGAUCAGGUGUUGACUCCUCUGAGAGGAUCUUUGAAAUGGCCUCUGGUCUCACAGGCUGAUAUGGAAGGUCAUCAAUCAGCUGCUCCACUGUCAAAAUGCACUGAAACAAAGGCAGAAGAUGGAGUUAUUGAACUUCCCAACUGUCCAAGGAACAAUGCAAGCAGCAAGUUCACUGACCAAGACCUUCCACCUGGGUGUCAAGAUGGAAAUGUCUGGCAUGGUAUCUACAUCCCUUCACUUGCCCACUGGUGUGGGGGCUAUGUCAAUCCAUGGACUAUUGAGGCAGGUGACCUUCAGGAUGCAAUGCAGAUAAUCUGGGAUGAAGUUUACUGUGGCAAAGUGGAACAUUAUAUUGCUCCUAGGGGGCCAGUCUUCCAUGUGGUAAGACCAUUCUAA